AACUGAUGUAACUACAGAUAUUUUUGCCUGUAAAUUGUAAUAUGGUGUAUGGUGGUACUGCUCUAACAUUUUUUGUUCAGAUUUGUAGUUCAAACCCAUUUUAGUGAAAGUAUAAAUCUUGUUUUUUAAAACUAAGGUUGUACUAUCUGUGGGCUGUGUUUCGUAGAUAUGCGCUUGCAACCACGUGAACCACGCGUUGUAGCAACGUUGUGAAGAUGGCGUCUGCUCCGAUCGAAUCCAUGAUAGUGGAAGAUAAAUCUGAACCGGAGAAACCAGUGGAUCGUGAAAAAACUUGUCCCCUCUUGCUGCGCGUGUUCUGCAGUACAGGGCGCCACAAUAAUAUAAUUGACUACAGUAGAGGCAAUGUUCCUACCAAUGAACUGCAGAUUUAUACCUGGAUGGAUGCAACACUUCGUGAAAUUACUAGUUUGGUGAAGGAAGUAAAUCCAGAGGCCAGAAGGAAGGGGACCUACUUUGAUUUCUCUUUAGUUUUCCCCGAUAUGAGGAGUCCAGGGUACAGAAUGAGAGAAAUUGGAACAACAUGCUCAGGACAAAGAGGUUCUGAUGAUAGCAAAACUUUGGCACAGGCAAGGUUUUGUAUUGGUGAUUACAUGGACAUUUCUAUUACUCCACCAAAUCGCAUGAUGCCUAUGAUGAGAAGAGGUGGAAGAUCUUACUGAAUGUGGAUAAGGCUAAGUAAAUUCAAAUUGAAUUUUGAAAGCCCUACUUGAGGAUUUGUAUUUUUUAUGUUCAGGAUAAGAAAUCAGUAAAUACAUUGUAGUGAGACUCAGCCCUUUUCAUUUAGUAAUGGAACAUUCCAAGAAGUUAACACUCGCUCAAGACAAUAGUAGCCAUACACGCAUGAAAUGUUACUGGCUUACUGACAUGUGGCAGUGGAGCGAAGACAUCAGUGUCUGUGGCAGUUGAGCAAAUGUUUUAUUGGUGGAAAUCUUGUUAAAACGUGGCAUUAGUAAAGCAAAAAGAAUGACACUUUAAAUUGUUUUCACACCAAAUAUAAUGCAGCAAAAGAUAUUUUUAUUUUAAGAAAUUAUGCUGGGAAAGAAUUAAAAUUAUCAUGGUAGAAAACAACUGGUAUUUCUGAAUAAAAGUUAUUACUAGGUUUAAUAUUUGAUUGUAUUAGAUUUCCAUUAACUUUGUGUAAUUGUCACUUGACAAUUUAUCUGUUGUGUACUUACCUGAGGAGAAUUGAGGAGGCCGUGGACCGAAUACGGACCAGAGAGCCGUAGAAGAAGAAUAUAGUUAUUAAUUUUAGGAAUGUGGUGAAAGUUUCACAGUUUGCGUGCAUGUGUUGCUACAGUCUCCGUUUUUAGCCCAGCAACAUCCUAUUAUUGUUUAAUUACAGUCCAGUUAUGAUGAACAAAGUCUGAAGUGACUUGCUGCAGCUGCAGUAAUUUUUUUUCAAAGACGUCUUUAAUUGCUGAGUUCUCUUAGUACAGACAAUGUUUUUCAUACAUCUUUGCUUUUUGGAGGAUAGGUCAUUGAUCCGCUUACUCCAGUUCAUCGACUGCGAAACAGCAUAGAGAGCAGUGCGUAACAGAAAAGGGUCCCAUUUCCAAAAUGUUGUGUUUGAAAAUCCUCAGACGGUAGACAAUGUCCAAAAGAGUAAUUAUGUUUACUGUUAAAACUGAAAUGCUUAUGCUUAAUUUAAUACUUUUGGGAAAAAAAUUGUUUGUGUAGAUCAGCUGAGUACUAAAUUUUGUCAUUUUAUGCACUGUGUGCAAACAGUACAUGCAGACUGCUGAAUUCUAGUUAGAGUUGCACUUCCUGUAAAGCAAUGACACAUACCAGGAAUAUGAACAUGAUUAUUUUGUUUCUAAGCUGUAUUAUACUGCUGUAUAUUGGUCUGUGUCUGCUUUCAUUUCACAUCAUCUGUAAUUUACACUACAGUUUUAAGUUGAUUGUACAAAUACAUCAGUUUCUGUAUUGA